UUCCCAUAGGACCUAGCGCUCGAGCGCCAUGGAGUUACAUGUGGUCCAUCUGGAGAGAAAGAUCCGAGAUCUCCUGGAAAAUCUGGGUUUUGAGAUUUAUCCGUUUAAGGUAGGAUGGUACAAUGAGGUCCUUUCUCCAACUUGGCAUUUGCAGUAUUCUGACGAUACUCUGGCAUUUGUAGUGUUUAGCAUUCCUGCUAUGUUUGAUAAGGCAUUCAAACCCUUCCUGAAGAAACAACUACUGAAGAAGAUUCACGAUCCAGUGGAUCAAUGCAUUUCUUAUCAUCUCUCGCUGGUUAGGAAGAAUCUUGCUGACCAGAAUAUGGAUAUCAUGUAUGAUUAUGAGAUCCUGCCCAACCGGAAGCCCAAAUUCCUGGCCCAGACAGCAGCACAUGUGGCUGGUGCUGCAUACCUGUAUCAGAGAAAAGAUGUACAUCAAGAUUCCUGGGGAGAAAAAAAGAUCUAUGGUGUUUGUAUUCACCCGAUUUAUGGAGGUUGGUUUGCAAUCCGGGCUCUUCUGCUUUUCCCAGAUAUUAAGGUACCCUUCUUGUUGCAGAAAAGCCCUAAUGAUUGUGUGCCAACAGAAGAAAAAAGAAUAGAACUGCUGGAGAAAUUCAAUUUCCACUGGCAGGACUGGAGCUUUCGGGAUAUUAUUGAAGUGAAAGAUAAAUACUCAGAAGAACAGAAAACCUACUUUGCAACUCCUCCAGCUGAGCGGUUAAAAUUGCUGAAACUGGAAGAAGAAUUGCAGAGAAAGAUAAUAGUCUAAAUAGCUAUUUUCACUGUGCAAAAAUAUACAAAACACAUUCUGCUGUGCCCACUGCUAUAGGGACAGAAUUGAUGGAUGAGUUGGUAAACCCAAGAUGGAAGGCAAGUGCACUUUGCAUAGAGCCAGUGAGCACAAAAGGACUAAACACAGAAUUGGAUUACAAUAUUAGUAACGCCUGUUUAUUCAGGCAUAGAAAUGUGUAAGUUUUAUUUUAUUAGUAAUCGGGGGAAAGGGUCAGAAUGAUUCUUUGGUGAAAUUAUAUGCUCAGGAGAGACAUAUUUAUAAAUUGCACUUUUUGCUAUCCUGUGGGAGAAAUUCCCCAGACAGCAAAUGUUUUGAAACAUAAUUGUCUAGUAUUUCACAGUGUAAAGAUAUUUUUGGUACGAUACCAUUUUAGUAAUUCUCGGCACAUACUCUGAAGCUUUGAAAUAAUUUUCAUUUUGCUUGCUUGCUUGGUUGAUUUCCAGGCUUUCCAGUGCUUCUAAUGAAGCAUUUGGGGGGGCUUGUCUAACCCCUGUGAUGAAAGAGAACUUAAACAGUUUUAAAGAAAGCACAAUUAAAACAAGCCAAAUGAUCUGACUCUUUAUUAUAUGUUAAUUAUGUGAACAUUGUAUGGCAAUUAUCCAGUUUAGUGAGAAGACAUAUUAUUGAAUGACACUGAACAGCAGUUUAGAUUCAUAUUUUUGAGAAAAGCAAUCCUGCAAAAUUAUGCUGCUGAAAAUGGAUAAUUUUGCUGCCAAAUUUUGUGUUGGCUUUAGAGCACAUCUUGUCCUCCCCUGACAUAGGGGGUAUAUGGAAACCAGUGCAUGCAGCAGGAAGUCUAACUACAUUAUAAAAAUGCUUCAUGAUCUCUAAUGGAGACUUCUUCUGGUUGAAGAAGAGCCAAAGGACAAUUGACUCUGUAAGUGUACAGAGUGGACCUUCCUGUCUCACCUACUGCUAUUAUUACUUUAUCACUAUGGUUUUAAUGUGAUCUUCAAACAGUUUUGAUUUCUAUUGUUCCAUCGCUCCCUAACCAAGGUUCUUUUGCUCUCUCAUUCUUUAGUAAACAUAACUUUUGUAAUAGUCUGCUAUAUGGCAAUGCUUGGGCUCAUUCCUGUAAGAUUUGAAUAUAUAUUUUCAGUCUUCUUGUAUGACUGGAAAAUGCAAUGCAACCCUUAAAAUCAGUUAAAACAGUUAGUGCAGAAACAUCUCCCAUUUAAACCAGGGAAAAGGUGCCCUCAGGGCUGGCCUUAUUAUACAUGCACCUUCUUUUGUAGCCUCUCAUACAGUCUGCCUUCACCAAAAACAAAUGUGUGGUCAUCCAAAGGUUGUUAAUCACUGCUCUGCUAAAUAAUAAUAAUAAAGAAUACCUGUACAUUUUUUGUCCAAACUGACUACUUCUGGUGGGUGAGGAAAAUGGAAUGAUACUGUAUAGCAUAAGAAAUGAUUCAUAACAUGCAUCCAGGAGAAGCCUUAAUGGUAUCAUAAUGAUGGCAGGUGUGUCAUGAUGCUGUUGGGCAAAGAAUGAGAAUAUUAGGCUUGUGUUAAUUUGCAGCAGAUUGCAUUGUGACACAGUUAUAUCAUUGGGUCAUUUGUGUUAAGAUAUACAUAUGGCAUCAUUUCCCUGGCAAUACAGAUAUAGGUAUCAAUUCUUCUGUAUGUUAGUAGCAUGUAGGCUAAUCUAAAAUCUGGUUUGUUUAGUUUUGUCUUAGCUUUUGGAAAGCUGAAAUAAUUUUUCUGACAGGAAAUUUUGAAAUUAAGAACUGUGUUUUUCCUCUGUGAUCAGCAGUGUUGUUUCUUUAAAUUUGAGAUUGUUUUUAUUUGCAUGAUUUGACUUGUAAACUAUCUAAAGAUGGAUAAUCUGAAUGGUACUGAAACACUAAGAAUAAUAUAAAUA